AUGCGCCUUGUCAUUGUUUUAUUACUGACACAUUUGUAUUGUUUCGUGGCUGGUAAUCAGCAUCCCGUAGUAGAAACUGAAAGUGGGCCCGUAUCUGGGAAACUGUCAAAGACAUGGAAAGGAAGAACUAUUUACAGCUUUCAAGGGAUACCUUACGCGACUCCUCCAGUGGGGAAGCUGAGAUUUCAGGAACCUCAACCGAUGAAACCUUGGCCGGGAGUGUGGAACGCAUCGUCUCCGGGUAGUAAAUGUAUUCAAUACGACCAUUCGAGUUAUUUAAUCGAUGGAGACGAGGAUUGUCUUUACCUGAACGUGUAUACGCCAAAACUUUCGGCAAGAGGAAAAAGUAAUAAACCUUUGAACGUAUUGGUUUUUAUUCAUGGAGGUGCCUUCAUGUUUCUUUACGGAUCUAUAUACCAGCCCGAUUACAUUUUGGACAAGGAUAUAAUUCUCGUUACAUUUAACUACCGGCUCGGCCCAAUAGGUUUUUUUAGUACUGGAGAUUCCGUAGUGCCGGGCAAUAAUGGAUUAAAAGAUCAAGUUCAAGCAUUAAAAUGGGUGAAAAGAAAUAUAGUGUAUUUUGAAGGUGAUCCAGAGAGUAUUACGAUUAGUGGAAUGUCGGCUGGAGGUGCCAGUGUUCAUUUUCAUAUGUUGUCGCCGUUGUCUAGAGGACUGUUUCAAAAAGUAUUCUCUCAAAGCGGAACUGCUUUGUGCCCUUGGACAAUAGCCGAAAAUGUACCGGAUAAAUCAGCAGCAGUCGGCGCUUACCUAGGUUGUCCUACUCAUCCGUCGAAAGAUUUGGUCGAAUGUUUAACGACAAGGCCAGCUUUACACAUCGUAGAAGCAGUAAAAAUAUUUUUUCCGUUCUUGUACAACCCGUACUCUCCCUUCGGACCGGUUGUCGAGUUACCUAGUGAUAAUGCUUUUAUUACCGAACUGCCCUAUCAUAUUCUCGCCAAAGGCCUAGCGACUGAUGUGCCGUGGUUGUCUAGUGUUGCCACUCACGAGGGUCUCUACCCGGGUUCUGAAUUUAUCAAUAACCCUAAGUUAUUGAAGUAUAUCGACGAAGAUUGGAACAAAGUCAUGCCGCACAUACUGGAUUACAACUACACAAUACCGCAAGAUAAAAUUGACAACGUGUCAGAACUGAUCAGAAAAGAAUAUUUAGGCAGUAAAGAAUUGGUUAAAGGAAAUACAGAACAAUUUAUACAAAUGAUAAGCGAUCGCCUGUUUGUAGUCGAUAUUAUAAAAGCUGCUAAAAUGCAUGCGCAACUUUAUAAAUCUCCGGUAUAUUUAUAUCAAUUCGGAUACCGAGGUAAACACAGUCUUUCGGAACACUUUGCUCAAUCCAACGAAAAUUACGGAGCUAGUCAUGCAGACGACACUGGUUACGCAUUAAAAAACGUUUAUGUAAACGUCGAAGACUCAGAAUCGGACAAAUCAUUAGUGCCAAUCAUAGUUGAUAUUUGGACAUCAUUUGCUUUUGAAGGAAUACCAUCAACUGGAAUUAGCUCUAUCGACUGGACUCCUGUGAGCAAAGACCCUAAUCAUUUAGCUGUAUCGUUUUUAAAAAUAUCUUCCCCUACUAAUAUAACUAUGAGCGAAGUUAAGGACAUGGGAAGAACUAGUUUUUGGGAUUCGUUGGACUUUAACGAGAAUGAAAACUAUUCUUAUGAUGAAAAUAAAGAUGUUUGA